AUGAGUCGCCGCAAUGGGCCCUUCUGCUGCAACGAGGGGGCCCCCGCCAGGGAAGAGGGUUCAGUUGGUUCGGGGGCUCCAUUGCUUGGGGGGCCCCCCGGGGUCCCCGCAACCGUAGCUGCAGCAGCUGCGAGGCGCAGCGCAGCAGCCCCGCGCGUGCCCUCCUGCUGCGUGGCCGUGAAUGCCGAAACUGCACAGACACUGGCGGAGUGGGGGCUGCUGCAGCAGCCGCAGCAGCAGCCAGGUGGUGGCCCCGCUGCAGCGCACGGGCUGGUAGUGGUAGGGCGGCCCCAGAGCCAGCAGCUGCGGAGCGGCGUGGGCGUGGCGGCCGUGCUGCGAGCCGCGCUGCAGCGCCGCGGGAUCGAUCGUCUCCCCGAUCCCAGGGCCCUGGCCCCCGCAGCCAGCUCGGGGGCCCUCAGCAGCAACUGGAGAAGCCUGGGGCCCCACAUUGAGGCCCUGGGCAUUUGGCUGGGGGACACUUGGAUGGGGGCCCUCCAACGAGGUGACCCUGGGGCUGUGGGGCCCCUCCUGGACCUCAUUGUUGAGCGGCAGCUCAAGUUUGAACAAAACGUUUUGGCCUACGAUAACGCCCCUCUGCCUGCUGCUCCUGCCUCCCGCCCCGCUGGUGCUGCUGCUGCUGCAGCAGACAAGCAGCCUCCAGCGGUGGCAGCGGCGGCAGCGGCUGCUGCUGCAGCGCAGAGACAGCCUCCAGCGGCAACAGCUGCUGCUGCGGCUGCUGCUGCUGCUGCUGCAGCCCCGCAACCGGCUGCCAGCUAUGACCGAAGGAUGGGUCCCUUUUCCCCUGGGAAACAAACUGUCCCCUCCGGCAGCUCUUUUGCUGCCGGCUCUACUGCUGCGCUUGCUUCUGCUCGUGCUGCGUCUCCUGCUGCUGCGCUUGCUUCCCCGGCGCUCGCGGCUGCAGCUGCUGUUGCUGCUGCUGCUGCUGCUGUGCCCGAGCUGCCUUCUUUCGCUUCCAGUUUAAGCGAGGUCCAGUGGUCUUCACAUUCCACAAUUCAUCAGCCUUUGACGCUGCCCUUUGGAAGGGGAACUCUUACUGAGGUGCAGCAGCAGCAGCAGCAGCAGGAACGCCAGCAGUCAAUGCAGCAGGUGCAGACGCUGCAGCAUUGGGAUCAGCAAGGUCAGACACAGCAGCACGAGCAGCAGCAGCAGCAGCACAGCGUCAGCUGCCCAGGGCAGGCCUCCUGCUCGAUCGUGAGCCAGCCCACAGUUGCUGCUGUGAGAAUAGCAGCACAAGCUUCGGCUGCUGCAUCAGCAACAGCAGCAAUCAGGGUAGACGCAGCAGCUGCUCAGUCAGAGGCAGCUGCACCAAAGUGGGCUGCUGCUGCUGCGGCCCACAUAGAGAGCGCAGCGGCGAUAAGGCCUCCGAAGCAAGCAGAGGUCCAGACGGAUGAGCUUGGAGAGCCGCUGGCCACGGAGCCUCCUGCAGGCAUGCCUAUCUCGAGUCUCCGCAGCAGCGACAGCAGCAAUAGCAGCAACAACCUGUUGUGUCAGUACCUAGCUGAGGCUCUGCUGCAGCCGCUGCGCCGCAGCAGCAGCAUCAGCUUCUCGGCUGAGGGCGCCUGCAGCACAGAAGCCCUCCCUGAAAGUCCCCCCUUCUUCUCCCCCGUGGGUUGCUUAGCUGCUGCGCCGCUGCGGCUAAACAGCGGUCCGCAGCAGCAGCAGCAGCAGCAGCAGCAGGCUGAGGCGCAUAUGCUGGAUGACAUUCCCGUGGUCCCCACAGAGACAGAGACUCUUGGAAAUGUCUUGAGCCAUGGAGCUGCUGCAGCAGACUCCACAGGAAUGUCACCAGGGCCGGCAACAGACGAGCAGCAGCAGCAGCAGCAGCAGCAGCAGCAGGAGCAGAACUUGAGCAAUGGGAGCAACGCCGUUGGAAAGCAGCAGGAAGACAUGCAACAGGAGCAGUCGCCCCACCUAAGCGGAAGCGGCACCAGCCCGCAAGAAGCUGGAGCAGCAGCAGCAGCAGCAGCAGCCGCAACAGCAACAGCAGCAGCAGCAGAAGCUGCUGCUCCCCUGGGUGCUGCAGAAGAGCCCAAAAUCUCUACUGGGCGCUUCAGCUGGGUGGGCCCUUCGAGGCGCCGCAGCAGCAACAUUUUUGUGUCUCCUUUAGGAGACUUUGGGGGCCUCCCGGAAGCAGCCUUUUCUGCGCACACACUGACGGGGCAGCAGCAAACCGAGCAGCAGCAGCAGCAGCAGCAGGAACAGGGGGCCGGCAGCGACAGCGAGGCGGGGCUCGGGUCGCUGUGGAGCCGCAACGACAACAUCGAAGAGCUGCUGCUGCAGUCGCUGAAGCAGCACUUUGGCUGCAGCAGACGCAGCAGCAUCAGCAUAGUGCAGCAAAAAGGCCAAAUGCUGCAUGCGCUGCUGCAGUCCGAAGGCUCCCAGGCUUUUGCUGAGGGCCUUCAUGACUGGGCUGAGGGUUUGAAGCAAAGGGCCCCAGAGGCUGCGCGGCUCCUGCAGCGCGAGCCCAAGAAGGCUCCCAUUGUGCUGCAGAUCUUCUACGCAGGGGCGGCGCUGCUUCACUCGAAAGGGCUCUUCGGCGGCGCAGCUUCGCUGCUGGAGGCUCUUGCGCUUCUGCUGCAGCAGCUGCCUCUGAGCUGCGAGCCGCUGCAGCAGCGGCUGCUAGAGCAUCUUCGUCGAUCAGCUGCUGCUGCGUCUUUGGCCGAGGUGGCAGCAGCAGCAGCAGACCACGAAGCGUACGUACACUCCGAAGAAGCAGCAAAACUUCUUGCUGCCACGGGCAAUUUGCUGCUGCACUGGAGCUGCGCAGGCAGUGCGCCCUUGUGGGCUGGGGGCCUUCUGAAGAAAGCUGUCCGCGACGAAGCCUCAUACUUCCUGCUGGUCAGGCUCGUGCUGCAACAGCAGCAGCAGCAGCAGGAAGGAGAGGAAGGGAAGGCAGCGGAAGUCAGGGCAUUGUCUAUGGAGGUCCUUGAAGCUCUGGCUGUAGAGGCAUGCAGCGCUGUACUUCAGCGGCAAAAGCCCCUCACAACCCGCGUCGCUGCGCUGCUGGUGCUGGGCCCCUUGAUCUGCUGCAGCAGCAGCAGCAACAGCAGCAGCAACAGCAGCAGCAGCAGCGCGCAGCCUGGCGACGACGAUCCGUCCCACAUCCACAGGCAGAUUCUCGGCUGCCUCCGCAUAGCCCUUUCCGAAAGAGAAGGGGUGUGGAAAUCAGCAGCAGCUGAGACAGCAUCUGCAAUUGUUGCUGCUGCAGCAGCCAGCAGCUGCCGCGAGUUUGCUGCUGCAGUGGUUGGAGGGGGCUUUGUGCUGGAGGCCCUUCUUCCCGCAGCAGCAGCAGCAGCAAAGGCACAGAAGGGCAUUUACGCUGCGCAGCCUGCAGCAGCAGCAGCAGCAGCAAUAGAAAACAGCGCCGGCGCUGCAGGCGUAGACAAUUCCCGUCUCUUCUCUUUCUUAGAAAACUACCUAAGUGCUGUUGGCCGGCUGCACUCUGAAGACGCGCGACUUUACGCAGCGUUUUUCUCCUACCCCAACACGUCUACGGAGUCUGCUGCAGCCCUCCUCUCCGCCAUCUCCUGGCUGCACACAGAAAAGGACCCUAUAGAUGCUGCUGUUUUGGCCGAGCUGCUGCUGAUCUGCUGGAGGGGCAGGGGGGCCCCAGCGCUGCUGCAGCGGGUCACGCGGAAGCUGCUGCUGCUGGACCGGCAGGGCCCCCCAGCAGCAGCAGCAGCAGCAGCAGCAGCAACAGCUGAGGCAGGGCCAAGACAAUGCCUCGCUGAAAUUCUCAAAGACCUUCUGAUGGGAACUUCUCGAGAAAACCCUCUUGAGAAGGAGACAGUCGAUGUGCUGUUGUCUCUCUGCGACCAGUGCAUGGCAGAGGAGACAGGCGCAGCAGCAGUAUCUCACUUCAACAGUCUCACUAUUAGCGGGGUGCCCCCGGCGCCGCUGCUGUCGUUUUCUGCUGCGGACCACCUGCUGCAGGAGCUGCAGCAGCAGCAACCUGCAGCAGCGGCGGCAGCAGCAGGCCAGCAGCAGCUAGAUGAAGCAGCAGAACUCGAGGCCUUCUGCAGCGACCACUGGCUCGAGAGGCCAGGAGCAGCGGCAAGUUCUGUCUCCUUUAGUCUCACCAUUUCAGGCCGUGCCUCAAGCGUGUUUGGGGAGCAGCAGGGACUGCAGCCAGUAGCAGCAGCAGCAGCAGCAGCAGCGGCAGCAGGAGCAGCAGCAGCGGGAGAAGAGGUUGGCGAGCCAUUUCCCCCGAAAGAGCAGGACCCCCAAGGGCCUCCGCUGAGGGUCCCCCAGGGCCCCUCCAGGGGCCCCAGUGGGGGCCCCCAAGGAAGCCCCCAAGAGGGCCCCCUUGGGGGCCCCCAAGGGGGCCCCCUGGGGGCCCCCAAGAGGGCCCCCACGGAGACCCGCCUUGUCCACCGCAGCGUUUUGGCGUCGCUGCGGCCUUUCAAAAGCCAGCCGCCCGAGGGGCCUUCAGCAGCAGCAGCAGCAGCAGCAGCAGCAGCAGAUGCAGCGGCAGCAACGCCAGAGCCGCUGGAGGAGGUGGAGUGUAAACUGCUGCUGCAGUGCUUCCGGCCUGUUUUUGUGAAGCUCUUUGAAGUGGUGAAGAAAGCAGCGCAGAAGCCCUCAGGAGGAGAAGGCUUUGCAGACCCUGUAAGGGCCCUAACCCUUAUCCUGGAAAGCAUAUCGCCGCCGCCUAUGGUGCACCGCGGCGUCGCCUUGGGCCCCAAGACAGAAAGAGGUGCCCAGAUUCUGUCUCUGCUGCACCGCAUCAAGCGCGAAGGAGAGGUGCCUGGGUCCCGCACUUCCUGCCUCCCCCCACUCAUCAAAGCCUGCGAGGCCAGACUAGCAGCUCGUCAUGCAGCGCUUUUGGUGGAGAGUAUAAAUUGUUUGUUAAGUGUGGGGGCCCCCAUACAGAGGCUACCGCCCGGUAAACCACGGGUCGUUCUGCGGCAAGGCCACGACUUUGCGGCUGCUGCAGCAGGAGCAACAUCCACGGCAGCAGCAGCAGCAGCGACAGCAGCAGCAGCAGCAGCAACAGCAGCAGCAACAGAGCUGCAGUCUGAAGACUCUGUACUGGGGGACGCUUCAGCAGCAGCAGCGCAGCAAUGGGCCAUGGCGGGGACUGUGGGGACUCAGCUGAAGGGGCUAGGGGAUGAGGGGCCUCUCAAAGCCACGGUGGCGACGCUGUGUGCCAAACAGCUCACCGAGAUACGCACAGACUCCAUCUGCAGAGAAGAAGAGUGCAAGGCAGGUUUGGGCCACACGAUUAAGGGUCUGGCGUUGAGAGUUGGCUGGGUUGUACGGCUUUGA